AUGAGCCGUACAAAUCAUCUGAAAGGUAGUACCAUAUCAAUAGAUUAUGACUUCCCGAUUGAAAUACAAGAGGCGCGCUCUAGAUUAUGGCCAUCUUAUAAACAAUAUCGAUCUCUGAAUAAAUAUUCGAAGGUGAAAAUAGUGUAUCCGGCGAAACUUCUAGUUGAUGGUGUAGUAGUGCGUGAUGAAAUGCCAGACUGGGACCAGUGUAUAAGGAAUUCACGAUUCCCAAACAUUAGCUAUAUAUCGAAUAAUGCCGGGAGACACUCACACUCACAGUAUGCAAAUGCAGUACCUGAAAACCCUAUACCGCAAGUCCAGCCGAACCCGGCUUCGCAUAUUGUGCUUCCCAUAAAUGGACAGUUUAUGUCUCAGACGAACAGUUAUUCAGGUGAAACUCUGAAGAAUGAUACCAGAAUGACUAAUACAAACCAGGCAGCACCUAAUUGUUCCCAACAGUCGCAGCCAUACCCUCCCCUACAGACUUUACCUAAUGUCCCACAGUAUGUACCCCAUAUGCAAGCCCAGAGAAUGCCCGUGAAUUAUGUCCCUGUAGCCCAAGAUGUGUCGGCUAGCCCCAGCAUGUGCAAUCUACUACUUCCCGAUGAACGUGACACGCGUUUAACACAUGUUCAUUCUAUGCCUCAGCAGACCCGCGUGUGCAGCACUACCCGUACAGAAGAAUUACAGGCCCAUGUUCGAGCCAAUAUUACACCUUCAAUAUCCCCUCAGCAAGUACAUGCACAUUUCCCGGUAGUAUCACAGCAAGGCCAGCCUCAUCAACAACCCCCAGCCCCUGUUGUAUCACAGCAGCAACAAGCCCCUGCCCCUGUUGUAUCACAACAGCAACAAGCCCCAGCCCCUGUUGUAUGA